CCCAAGCCUUAAGGCUGUGCGAUCUCUCCUCCAAAAUCAUCUCUGGUCAUACGUUUACAGGAGGAGACCGGCGAUCGGCGGCGCAGCAUAGGGAUGGGGAGUUCCCGGAGCAAGCCGGUGCGGGAGCAGCAGCCGUCGGCACCGCCAAAGCCGAAGCAGAUGCCGGAGCCGGAGCCGAAGCCGACGCCGACGCCGAAGAAGAAGCAUGACCCGAAGGUGGAGGUGCCGCCUCUCAUCGACCCCCCGCCCAACGCCGCCUGCACCAGGAUGCUCGUGCCAGGGUACGAGCUGUGGUUCGGGAAGCCCUCGCUGCGCACCCUGUUCGACGACUACUUCAAUCAAGCUGGGAGCGUAAACGCAGGGGUCAUGCUCAAGAUGGUGGAGGAUCCUCAUGUCAAUCUGACCGCAGCUGCGUCACCAGCUGGCGGGGAGGCUCAGCUUCGAUGGCAGAGUGAUUUGGAUAAUCCAGAUACCUUUGUGCACUUUCUUGUGUCAACGCCGAAAUCCACUUUGAAGCUCAGAUCGAGUGCACAUUCUCCUAAAUAUGGUAUUGGUGCCUUUUAUGCAAUGCCUUUGCAUUUUGGAAACAGCACUUGUUCAGAAGACAGUGGUGUCAUGGGUUUGAGAUAUGAUUCGAAGAAUCUAUCAUUGGGGGCAUCUUUUGUGCCAUCUCUCUGUACUGCUGGAAACAAGUCUUUUCCUUUUGAGGAUUUGAAGAACUGGGAUUGCGGAAUCAGUUAUGGUGUGGGUUCAGAUAGUCCACUCAGCCCUUCACUCAAUUUUUCUCUAGAGCUUCUCAGAAGCACACAGCUGGUCGCGUCAUUCUAUCAGCACCAGGUUGUCCAAAGGCAGGUAUACUCUGUGAUUCCUACGGAAGCAACCAAAAUUACAAACUACAUUGAUUUUGGGCUUGAGCUAACCACAAGGGUGGGUAAGGACGAACCAACAGAUGAUGCCGACAAUUCCUCGUUUCAGAUAGCUGCAAACUGGCAGGCUAAUAAGAACUUGCUAGUAAAGGGAAAGUUAGGUCCCUCCAAAUCUUCUGUAGCUUUGGCAUUCAAGUCUUGGUGGAAACCCUCGUUUACAUUCAGCUUCACAGCUGCAAAUGAUCAUUCGAAAGGUACUACCGCGUACGGAUUCGGAAUCCAUGUCGACGAUCUAAGAGACCAAGUUUCCGAAACCCAGCUCCAGUAGAAGGAUUAUACCAUUGUUUGUGUCACGGGGCGACACGACGAACUACAACUUACAUGUGCGGCUGUGACACAAAUCAAGGAGGACCGAACUGAAGACUAAUAGUUUGCGGAAGCACGUGAAGAAGCUUUAGAACAGACAUUACAUUGAUUCAGGGAACUGUAACCACUCAGGAAGACCGUUAGAGCUGCCUUUUGACAGAAAACAUUGUGUUUAAUUAGCUUGUAGUAGCGUGGAAUCUAGUCUUCAUCUCUACGUAGCACUGUAUUUCCUAAGUCUUUGCUGUGUAUUUGAAACAUUUGAUAUUCUAGAUUUUCAA